GUGUUUCCGUGUUAAUUGGUGAUGUUACAUGAAAUUGUCGUCCUAAAUUUUGUCGGAACAGAUGUGAUCAGGAUAAUUUUGAUUUAAUUUCUCGAACGUUUGGUGUUAUCAUCGCAGAAUGAAUUAAAUUUAUCAUCGUCGUCGUUGUGAUAACGUUGCAUCGUCUAUAUUUUGACGAUCAACAAUAACGUUAUACUGAACAAUAUUUUCGUUUUGGUUAUUUUUUUUAAUUACCAUUUCCUUAGCGUACGUCGUACAUUAAAUUUAGAAAUAUGUUUCAGCAAUCGAACGUAUGUAUACGCUGUGAUAUUUGUCAUCGAUAAUUUCUUUUGUCGACGAAUUAAAUGGUAUAUUUUCAUUGACUGCAUUCAUUCCACUGAGUAAUUGAUUUGUCUUCGAAUUCCAGUCCUCUAUUAUGUUUUGUUCUUAAUUAAGCUAUUUUUUCGUUGGCUAAUAUUAAAAUGUGGCAACAGCAAGCUUUUGUCUUAGAUUCCAAAUUCAAUGCGUAUAGAGCUUCGAACCAUCCAAAUUUCAGAACACUAUACAUUAGAAGAAGAAGUCAGCUUCUCCGAGAAAAGUCUAAGCAAGAUGAUAUGAUUCCAAGUAAUACAAUUAGAAGAAAAUAUUUACGUAUUAGAUCAUCAAUUUUACAAAACAGAUAUAAUAUACAUUUUGAUAUGCAGUCUAACAGUGCCUGUAGUCAAAGUACUAGUUUGAUGAGUUUAAAUAAAGAAAAACAAUUAGAAGUGGAUUUAUUACCUCGAAACUAUGAUUUUUUAUCAUCACCUAUUCCAACCACUCAAGCUCAAGCUUCUAGAGCUAUUGUUGGAAAUAAUACAAUUGAAGAAAACUAUGCAUUCAAUAAUGUUCACCAUAUUUAUGAUCAGCAUUCAGAUGCAGUAACAGUAUUGAAGUUUGCAAAUAAUGAUAAAUCAAAAUUAUGCUGUGCAUCAAACGAUGGAACACUCAGUAUUUGCGAUGUUUUGACUUCACCACCUUGUGUUAAAGCUAUACUAAGGUAUCAUACUGGUCCAGUUACUGGUUGUGAUUGGUCAGCUUCAGAUGAAUUGAUUGCUAGUUGUUCUACUGACUCAACAAUUUGUUUUUGGGAUGCGAUUCGUCAUUGUUGUUUAAGAUGUGUUAGUGACCCUUUUUAUUCAUCGGUAUUGGUGUGUGUAUUUAAUCCUAUCAACAACAAUAUUCUUAUAACUGGAAACAAAGCUGGAUUUGUGUGUGUAUUAAAUGUGUCAACGGGUAUGUACCCUAAAGGUGGAAAGUACAAAAUCGGUGGUCAAAUUUUAUCUUUAGCUGUUAAUAGCAGUGGAAAAAUAAUAUGGGUUGGAAAUGAUAAAAGCGAAAUAUUAUCACUCAAACUAAACAACAAUGAUAGCAUUGUUCUAACUAAGUGUCAUCGGAUUUUAACAUCUCCAAAUCGUGGCGCAAUAACUUGUCUGAGUUGGAAAUCAUGGAUAAGUCGAGAAGCCAGAGAUCCAAUGUUAUUGGCAAAUUGCGCAAAUAAUAUAUUAUGUCUUUACAAAGUUUGUGAAAAUGAUGGUGGUUCAUUGUGUUUAAAAAAAAAGUUUUUGGUUCCUCACGCACACAGUAAUCAUUUGUUGCGAUCAACAUUUUGUCCUAUCAUGUCAUUCAGGCAAGGUGCUUGUGUUGUCACAAGCAGUGAAGAUUCUUCUGUUUAUUUUGUGGAUGUAGAAAGAGAUUCAAACUAUGCUGUGAACAGAUUACAAGGACAUGCUUGUGUUACUUUGGGUGUUACAUUUAACUAUGAUGAGACUAUAUUAGCAACAAGUGAUAUUCAAGGGAUAAUUAUUAUUUGGUCUCGACAAUGUCAAAAGCAACAAAUUUUAUAAUAAUUUAUUAGAUGUAAAACAAAUUGUU